AUACCAACCCCCUUUGCUCCAUCUCACCCGCUACCCCUCUCUACCUUUCACCUACUUCCAUAUAUUAAGCCCAAACCCAACCAUCCCAAAAAAAUAGGGAAGGUCUUAGUAGUAACUCACAUUACCUUCUCUUUUUAUUUUUUCAAUUCCUCUUCUCUAAUUCUCAACUUCCUCUCUAAAAUCCUUAAACAAACAUGGGUUCCGAACAAGUAAGCAAUCAUAUUGAUCAAAAUGAGGUCGAGGGGGUUGUUGACACGAAGGAGUUCAUCUUUCGAUCCAAGCUCCCGGAUAUCUACAUUCCUAACCAUCUCCCCCUCCAUACAUAUUGCUUUGAGAAUCUACGUGAGCACGGUAGUCACACGUGCUUGAUUGAUGGGCCUACGGGCCGCAAAUGGACCUACGAGGAGGUGGAGAAGACUGCUAGACAGGUUGGAGCCGGGUUUCAUCAUAAGCUCGGGUUGCAGAAGGGUCAGGUGAUCAUGCUGCUCCUCCAGAAUAGCCCCGAGUUUGUAUUCUCCUUCCUCGGAGCAUCCUUCAUUGGAGCCGUAAGCACAACUGCUAACCCGUUCUGCACUUCGGUCGAAAUUGAAAAACAAGCCCGAGUUAGUGGAGCUCAAGCCAUUCUCACCCAGUCUGCCUUCGCGGACAAGGUGAGACCCUAUUGUAAAGACAACAACAUCCAUUUGAUAGUCGUGGAUACUUUGUCUCCCGAUGAUGGACCCCACGAGAAUAAGUACUUUUGGGAUAUCGUGGGAACCCAGGGGGAGGAAGACAAUUUACCCGAGGCAAAUAUAAUCCCAGAUGACGUGGUAGCACUACCUUAUUCGUCAGGCACAACCGGCCUUCCUAAGGGCGUGAUGCUCACGCACAAAAGCCUCGUUACGAGCGUGGCGCAACAAGUGGAUGGGGAGAACCCGAACCUAUAUUUCAACGGCGACGAUGUUGUACUGUGCGUUUUGCCCUUGUUCCAUAUCUAUUCGCUGAACUCUGUCCUGCUGUGUGCUCUACGCGUUGGGGCUGCAAUUCUUGUAAUGCCCAAGUUUGACAUAAACAUGUUGAUGGAAUUGGUUCAGAAAUACAAAGUUACGAUUGCACCCUUCGUGCCACCAAUUGUUUUAGCUAUUGCUAAGAACCAAGAUAUGGACAGAUAUGACCUUUCAUCUGUAAGGGUAGUAUUGUCGGGAGCAGCCCCCAUGGGAAAGGAUCUGGAGGAUGCUGUCAGAGCUAAAUUACCAAAUGCUAAACUUGGACAGGGUUAUGGAAUGACCGAGGCAGGCCCAGUGCUAGCAAUGUGUUUAGCAUUUGCAAAGGAGCCUAUGGAAGUUAAGUCCGGAUCAUGUGGUACGGUCGUACGCAAUGCUGAGUUAAAGAUUGUUGAUCCCGACACUGGAUGUUCCUUGCCGAGGAACCAACGCGGUGAAAUUUGCAUUCGUGGUAGCCAAAUCAUGAAAGGUUACCUGAAUGACCCGGAGGCAACAACAAACACCAUAGACAAAGAAGGAUGGUUACACACCGGCGACAUCGGAUUUGUAGACGAUGACGAUGAGAUAUUCAUCGUUGAUCGGCUUAAGGAAUUGAUCAAGUACAAGGGCUUCCAAGUAGCCCCUGCUGAACUUGAAGGCAUGCUAAUCAAUCAUCCUAGCAUACAUGAUGCUGCUGUUGUUGCGAUGCAAGAUGAGGCUGCUGGUGAAGUUCCUGUUGCAUUUGUUGCAAGAACAAAUGGUUCACAAAUUAGUGAGGAUGAUGUUAAACAAUACAUCUCCAAGCAGGUGGUAUUCUAUAAGAGAAUAUACAAGGUUUUCUUCGUGGAUUCAAUCCCUAAACUUCCAUCAGGAAAAAUAUUAAGGAAAGAGCUAAGAGCAAGAUUAGCAAAUGGUAUUACUACUAAAUAGGUUUUGGUAACCAUUUAAUUUACCACGAAGCUCGAAAACUAAGGCAUACCUUCUAGCAAGAACAACGUAUGUAAUUAAUACGUUAUGAAAAAUGCCAGUAUAUAUGAUUUGUACCAAAAGAAAUAAUCUUUUGAGUUUAAACGUUUUUAAAUUUUUGAAAAAAAAAAUGAAAGGGGAUGGUUGGAAAUCUCAAUUAAUUACUUGUAUUUCUACGUCGUCUUUUUUUUUUUUUUUUUUUUUUAUUAUUGUAUAUGAUGUUAUGGACAAUUUGUAAGGAAUUCUACCAUCUAAAUUUUAAUUGAGUGUUCCUGCAUUUA